AUGGCGGGCCGCGGCCGCCGCGCCUGGCUCAGCGUCCUGCUGGGGCUGGUGCUGGGCUUCGUGCUCGCAUCGCGCCUCGUCCUGCCCCGCGCCUCCGAGCUGGCGGCGGCGGCGCGGCCCCACCGAGCCCGCCCGCAGGGCUGCCGCCCGCCGCCCGCCGCCGCCGCCGCCGCCCCGCCGCGCCGCCCCGGCCCGCCGGCUCAGAGCUUCCUCUUCGUGGGGGUCAUGACGGCGCAGAAGUACCUGCGGAGCCGCGCCGUGGCCGCGCACCGAACGUGGUCCAAAACCAUUCCUGGCAAGGUCGAGUUCUUCUCCAGCGAGGGUUCGGACACCUCUAUUCCCAUCCCCAUCGUGCCGCUCCCAGGUGUAGAUGACUCUUACCCACCCCAGAAGAAAUCUUUCAUGAUGCUCAAAUACAUGCAUGACCACUACUUGGACAAAUACGAAUGGUUUAUGAGGGCUGACGACGACGUUUACAUCAAAGGGGACAAGCUGGAGAACUUCCUGCGGAGCCUGAACAGCAGCGAGCCGCUCUUCCUGGGGCAGACCGGGCUCGGCACCACGGAGGAGAUGGGGAAGCUGGCGCUGGAGCCGGGCGAGAACUUCUGCAUGGGGGGGCCAGGAGUGAUCAUGAGCAGGGAGGUGCUGCGGAGGAUGGUGCCCCACAUCGGCGAGUGCCUGCGGGAGAUGUACACGACCCACGAGGACGUGGAAGUGGGGAGAUGCGUGCGGAGGUUUGCGGGAGUGCAGUGCGUGUGGUCCUACGAGAUGCAGCAGCUGUUCUACGAGAAUUAUGAGAAGAACAAAAAGGGCUACAUCCGAGACCUGAGGAACAGCAAAAUACACCGAGCUAUAACGCUGCACCCCAACAAGAACCCCCCGUACCAGUACAGGCUUCACAGCUACAUGUUGAGCCGCAAGAUAGCGGAGCUGCGCCACCGGACCGUGCAGCUGCACCGGGAGAUCGUCCUGAUGAGCAAAUACAGCAACACUGAAAUCCACAAAGAAGACCUGCAGCUGGGGAUGCCGCCCUCCUUCAUGCGAUUCCAGCCCCGCCACCGGGAAGAGAUCUUGGAGUGGGAGUUUCUCACGGGAAAAUAUUUGUAUUCGGGUGCCGACGGGCAGCCCCCGCGGAGAGGAAUGGACUCAUCUCAGCGCGAAGCGUUGGAUGACAUCGUUAUGCAGGUCAUGGAAAUGAUCAACGCCAACGCCAAGACCCGGGGGAGGAUCAUAGAUUUCAAGGAAAUACAGUAUGGCUAUCGCAGGGUGAACCCCAUGUACGGAGCAGAGUACGUUCUGGACUUGUUGCUCCUGUACAAGAAGCACAAGGGGAAGAAGAUGACGGUCCCCGUCCGGAGGCACGCGUACCUGCAGCAGACGUUCAGCAAGAUCCAGUUCAUGGAGCACGAGGAGAUGGACGCCAAAGAGCUGGCCAGCAAAAUCAACCAGGAUUCUGGUUCCUUGUCUUUCCUCUCCAACUCGCUGAAGAUGUUCGUUCCCUUCCAGCUCAGCAGAUCCAGGGCAGAGAGGAAGGAACUCAAAGACAAGAAGAUCAACAUCCUGAUUCCUCUCUCCGGGCGUUUCGACAUGUUCGCAAGGUUCAUGGGGAAUUUUGAAAAGACGUGCCUCAUUCCAAACCAGAAUGUCAAGCUGGUUGUCCUGAUUUUCAGCUCCAACUCCAACCCUGACAAAGCGAAGCAGAUCGAUCUGAUGAGGGAGUACCGCUCCAAGUACCCCAAGGCUGACAUGCAGGUCCUGCCGGUGUCGGGGGAGUUCUCGAGGGCACUGGCUCUGGAAGUCGGAUCUUCUCAGUUCCAGAACGAGUCUUUACUUUUCUUCUGUGAUGUUGACUUAGUGUUUACCGCAGAAUUCCUCCAGCGGUGUAGAGCCAAUACAGUUUUGGGUCAACAAGUAUAUUUUCCCAUCAUUUUUAGCCAGUAUGAUCCAAAGAUUGUUUAUAGUGGAAAGGUUCCUAGUGACAAUCAUUUUGCCUUCACCCAGAAAACAGGUUUCUGGAGGAACUACGGCUUUGGUAUCACCUGUAUUUACAAAGGUGAUCUUCUUCAAGCAGGUGGCUUUGAUGUCUCCAUCCAAGGUUGGGGCCUUGAAGACGUAGAUCUAUUUAACAAAGUCAUUCAGGCUGGCUUAAAAAUUUUCCGAAGCCAAGAAAUUGGAGUAGUCCACGUGCAUCACCCUGUUUUUUGUGACCCUAAUCUUGAUCCAAAACAAUAUAAAAUGUGCUUGGGGUCCAAAGCUUCAACUUAUGGGUCCACACAACAGCUGGCUGAAAUAUGGUUUGAAAAAAAUGACCCCAAUUUUGGGAAAAGCAGCAAUACUAAUGGCUCAGUGAGGACAGCCUAAUGUCCAGCUAUGCUGGAAAAGACUUUUUUUUUAAUUAUCUAAUUUAUUUUUGGGAAAAUGUUUUUUGAUAAUUCACUUUUAAAAGACCACACAGGAUAUAUUUUAGAAAUCAUCGUUGUUUUCUUACAAAGCGCUUGUUUCGAGAAGAACAAGACCCUUGGGUUUUUUUUUUUUUGUCGUUGUUGUUGUUGCUGUUGUGUUUUUGGUCUUGAACAAAACUGUGAUCAAUAUUUGCCUUCAGACAAAACAAAAUAAUUGUUAAGAGUUAUCUGACCAAUCAGCGGAAAUCUGACUUGAAUUAGAAUUUCCUUAUGAACAAAAGAUUGUUUCCUGCCGUUUCCGUUGCCGUCUUCAUUGCUGGGAUUCUGUAAAUUGGGACCUGAGCGUGCAAAGCCAAGUGACAAAACGCUGUGUCUAAAUGUUUUGGUGUGACUGCUGCCCUGCAAAGAUUCUGCUCCUUUGGUUCAGCGUAGCCAUGAAUUUUCAAAUCGUGUGAGACCAAACCAAACCGCCGUGGCGAUGAGAAGGGUGGUAAUCGCAGCGGGGGGGGUUUUCCUAAUUAUUUCCUGAUUAUUUCAGUUUAAAAAUACACUUCCACUUAUAAUGGGCAGGCGACUCCAAGGGAGGGAAGGAAGUAAGCACAACCCGUGACCCAGUUAGCCCCUGUAGAAAUUGUUGUGGUUUUAUUUGGUCCGUAUAUGGACGGAAUGUUUUAGGAAUCCGUGGUGGGUUCUGUGUAUUGUCCUCAACCGCUGUCCUAGAGCUGGGCGAUGCGACCAAGAAAUGCUGAAGUGUCGUGUGGGAGGGGAAGAGGCUGGGAAAUGGGAAUCUCUUGCAGCCAAACGGCAGCACACAGCGAACAAUCCAAGAUUCCUGAAAAGAACUUGGAAAACUCCUCUGCGCUGAGUGUCCUGCGCCCGAUCGCAUCGAUUUUGUUCAGUCAAUUACGUGAUGUUAAUGGGAACAAUUAUUACAUUUGAUUA